AUGAGCAGAAUAACAAAAAUUGCAGUUAAUGCACAGUUAUACAAUGUAACAAAUUUUUACAUAGGUUUAGGUUUGGCAAUUAGUUCCAGCGGUUUUAUAGGUGCUAGCUUUAUCAUUAAAAAAAAAGCAUUGAUUCGAUUACAAAGACGUGGCGCAUUAAGAGCUUCAUCUGGAGGAUUUGGAUAUUUAAAAGAAUGGAUGUGGUGGACUGGUCUUCUUUCAAAUUGGUUGCCUUUUGUGCAUCUUAGGUUCUACAAUUCUUGUAAUUCAUGCUCCAAAAGAAGAAGAAAUCACUACAUUAAAUGAACUUUUGGAGAAGGUCAAAGAUCCAGGGUACAUUAUUUAUAUGUUAAUUGUGAUAAUAUGUAGUAUUUUGAUCAUUUUUUACUUUGGUCCUGCUUAUGGAAAACAAAAUAUCAUAGUAUAUAUUUGUUUAUGUUCAUUGAUUGGUUCGUUGACUGUUACAAGUUGCAAAGGAUUAGGAUUAGCUUUAAAAGAAACCAUUCUUGGAUUUAACAAUGGAUUUACAAAUUGGUUAAUGUGGGUCUUUCUAUUUAGUGCUAUAAUCUGUAUCAGCAUACAGAUGAAUUAUUUGAAUAGAUCACUUGAUUUAUUUGAAACCACAAUUGUAACACCUAUUUAUUAUGUAUUUUUCACAACAUUAGUAAUAAUUGCAUCUGCAAUAUUAUUUAGAGAAUGGGAAAAUAUGAGCACUGAGGACAUCUUAGGUUCAUCUUGCGGUUUUUUAACAAUUAUAAUUGCAAUAUUUCUGCUAAAUGCAUUCAAAGAAAUGGAUUUAUCUUAUGAAAAUAUCAGACAUAUGUUGCAACCUAAAAGAAAAUUGUUUAUAAGUAAUAACAAUCAAUGGAGUGAUAGGGAUGAAGAGAGAUUAAUAACAAGAUUAGAAACAGAAUUAAAUCACACGUACGGAGCCCAAACUCUAACAAGAAGUAUAUAAAUUUGAUUCUAUAAUUAUAUGUGUAUUAUAAUGUAUAUAUGAGUUACUUAUAAAAUAAAUGUUAUAAAUUUUAAAUUACUUGUAUCUUUUACAUGUAUAGAUUUUAUGGAAAUAAAUUUUUUAAUAAAUUUUACUUUUUUAUUUAUAUUUUCCAUAAAGUUUCGAAAAAGCAUUUAAACUCGCUUUUUUUUUAUCUUACGUUUAAAUACUUUUUCAAUAUUUAGAUUUAAAAACAAAAGAUAUAAACGUUGCUAAAACUACAUAA